UAAAACAUAAACAUAUGAGUAUGUUUUCAAAACAUUUGUCAAAUGUUUAUCAACAAUUACAGAAAUAAUCUAAAGUAAUCGAGGAUGCGCACUAAAAUGCAACGCAGAAAUGCAACAAGUGUUUGAAAAACUUAGAAGUGGAAUAAAAAAAAGAUGGAAGUAUACAAGUUUUUGAUCUAAUAUAAAUUUACAGCUAAAUAUUUAUAAAUUUAAAAGCCAACGAAGUUUUUCUAAACCACAUACGGGAACAUUACGCUCAAUUUUAAUUCUUCCUGGUUUGAAGGUCAUUUUGUAGUGGAAACAUAAGACAACAAUGUCUCAGGCAACUUAAUUACUCACUCAUAAACUGCUGAUAAUCAAAUAAUGACAUCUUUAAAAUCCGCCUUGAAAGUGUCCAUAGUCGUUUUGGGAUUGAUUAGACUGAUUCACACAAUUUCUCAUUUAAUUUCGUAUUACGAUGCUCAUAAAAGGGUGUUGUCUGGUGAAAUGGCCUUGAGCUUUGCCGUCGGAUGCUGCUCUCUAAUGUUAAUGCUGGGUGUUUUUGGAGAGUGCCAAAUAAUUCUUGAAGUUUGGAUGGUAUCAGCAAUCAUCAUGUACGGUGCAAUGGGCUUCUAUGUCUAUGACUUAAUUUUUGAAAACGACACCUUCUUCAGUAGAAAUAGACCGACAAACAUUGCUAUCUCAUUAAUUCUGCAGCUUAUAACCCUCAUACUUGUGAUGAAACUUCACAAAGUUAUUACCGUCGAAGAUGAUGAGCUUCAUUUAGAAGACGAGGAAAACUUACCAAGAAAUCAGACAAAUGAAAAUAAUGAAAACGCUGCCGUUUGUUCAUUUGAACCGUACCUGUUUCAUUUCGCAAUUCAUCCCUGAAAACAUUUUUAUUGGAUGUGAUUAAACUCAAAAAUCACAGAAAGAAAUCGAAAUUACUACGAAACAAGAAACCAACAAAUUAUUCUACUUAUAGACUUCCUUUUACAGUAUUAGAUUGCAUAAUGUUAGAAUUUUUAGAUGCUUAAUAAAGUUUGUGUAAAGUAAUAUUUUUGUGAACAG